UUAUCCUCUCUUCCCAGCUGCUGCAGUAGCAGCCCCUUCAGGCUGAGAUGGCCGAGAUGCCUCUUCACUCCUGCUCUGGGCUCCUUGGACUCCGCUUCUCCCAUGCCCUCCUUGCCUUCUGGUGCACCUUUGUGGGCAGCGGCUCUGCCGUGACAGUGACCCAGACUCCAAGCUUUGUCAGUGGCUCGACAGGGAAAAAUAUUUCCUUCAGGUGCUCUGUGGAUGAAGCAGGCUACAGAUUGUAUUGGUAUCAACAAUUGCCUGGGGAGACAGAACUGAAAGUCCUUGGGUACCUCUCCAGUUUCGACCGUGACCUUCAAGAAAAAGAUAAGGAUUUGCAGAAUCGGCUGAAAGCAAAGUGGGAAGACCCAAAUAGCAGGAAGAUGCAUUUGGAUUUGUUAGGUCUUCAGGCGAGUGAUACAGGCUUCUAUCUCUGUGCUGCUAUGUCCACGUUGAAUGAGGUAGGAAUUGAGGCUGGUACAAAACUGAGUAUCAGAAUAAGCUUUCCCACCUUUUCUUAACUUCUUCUGAUGUCAUCUCCAUGAAGCUAUCUGAUUCAGACUUCUGAGGCCACUCUGGAAACCUCACCUCUACCCAUCGUCUCCAAUCAUAGUCUCUCUGGAUGAACAAGAUUAUAACUUCCAAGCUGGUUAGGGAUAAUGGUAGUUCUGCUCUAAAGCAUCCAGUAGGCAUCUGGUUGGGAAGGAUUCAAAUACUGAGGACACCCAGAUAGCCUAACACAAAUUCAUUUGCAUUGUGCUAGAAUUAGCCCAAAACCAUUCUAUAAAAAUUCCAUGGUAUGAAAUAAUAUAACCUCAGUUCCCACAUUAUUCCAAGCAAUAAUGUAUAGUCGGUGGUUGUUGUUUUUACUUAAUGUAUGGUGAAUUCAGUCCCUAUGGUUCUUAUAAGUUAGCAUAUUAAUGGUGGUUUUUCAAU